CUAUUAGCCGGUGUAGUGUAGGAAGCCCUUAGCAGGGUCUGACCGAGAGCUGCAGAAGAUGGUGUCCUUGGUGGGUCGUUCCGGGGUUCUGUACCCGUACUUACAAUCAUCUAACCUAAUCAUAUCCAGACCUCUGUCGUCUUUAUUUCCUGCAGCUGUAAACUCCAGAGACGUAAAUCAGAGGAAAUCAGCCAGAGAUCAGGUUGUCCCUGGUCUACUCCAUGGACCCUCUGGAGUGCGUUUCGCCCACACCGAUAUCAGGAUCCCUGACUUCACCGACUACCGUCGUCCUGAGGUCCAGGAUGCUAAGAAGUCCUCGCAAGAGAGCAGCGAGGCUCGCAGGGCUUUCUCCUACCUAAUCACAGGCUCCACUGCUGUGGUGGGGGUUUACGCUGCCAAGACAGCUGUGACUCAGUUCAUCUCCUCAAUGAGCGCCUCUGCAGAUGUCCUGGCCUUGUCCAAAAUAGAGAUCAAGCUGAGUGACAUUCCAGAGGGGAAGAACAUGACGUUCAAGUGGAGAGGAAAGCCCUUGUUUGUUCGCCACAGAACCGAGAAGGAGAUCUCGGCUGAGGCUAACGUGGAUUUGUCGGAGCUCCGCGACCCGCAGCACGACACAGACCGAGUUGUCAAGCCAGCCUGGGUAAUCGUCAUUGGGGUGUGCACUCAUCUCGGCUGUGUUCCCAUUGCGAACGCUGGGGAAUAUGGCGGUUACUACUGCCCGUGUCACGGCUCACAUUAUGACGCCUCUGGGAGGAUCAGGAAGGGACCUGCACCUCUCAACUUAGAGGUGCCUUACUAUGAGUUCCAUGAUGAAGACACGGUGGUUGUUGGAUAGAUGGGGACAUUUUAUUAUAAGUAUGCGUCUCUGGCCAAACGAAUAAAUAUUUUAACCCACUCAAA